AUGGACGAGCAGCGACCAAUGCCUCCGCUGGAGGAGAUGUAUAAAAAGCGGUCAAAAGACGGAUUGGGUAAAAACGGACGGCUUGAUGGAGUUGCGACUGCAGCAGAAGGCUUCGUAUCGGUUGCAGCCCCGGUCCGUCAGCAGCAAGAGGACAACAAUGCCACUGAGCCUGUCGAGGAUCACCGAAAAUCUUCGAACGUGCCUACUAAGGCUACCAGUGCUCUCGCAUCUGGCCCUGUGAACGGUGCCACGGAAGUGGGAACGAAUGCAUUCCUCGCUCUCGACCUUAUCGAUGGAUCACGAACACAAUGCCUUGUGAUGGUAGGGGAAAGCGAGCUUGUGAGAAUUGUUUUCGUCGAAAAGUCAAGUGUUCGCGCACCUGGCCCUGUGAUAUGUGCCAAAGAAGAGGAGAAACUUGCAUUUCUCGUCUGA